UCAAUAUGGGUGUUAAAGGAUUACAACUGUGCGGUAAUUCAAUCAUGCCCUAUUUAUUAUUUUAUGGUCAAUCGAUUGCUGAUAAAUAUGCAACACAUGCUGAACAAUACAAUCAAAACAUAAAUUCGCUUGGACAAACAUCAGCUAACUUAGCGCGACAUUCCAUCUCAGUUAUGAAGCAACAUUUGGCUACAGCAUUAUUAAUAUGCGUACAAGGUGUAGAUUUGAGAAGUAAAUUAAUACAAAAUACGUAUGACCCAAGAAAUCUCCUAUCCGAACAAACUCGUCAGAUAUAUCAAGCGAUACGUGAUCUGAUUCAAGUACCAAUUCGUCAAGAUAAACGUUAUAUAUGGAAUGAUAACGAACAAUCAUUAGACGAGCAUAUUGCCAUUGUGGCUCAAAAUUUAACUAAUGAAGGCUCAUCAUUAUUUAAAGCAAUCCAACCAACAUUCAAACAAUUAAUUGAUGAUAGACAUUCUCAUUAA